CAUACGUGGUCCAAUCAAAAGACCCGAUUCCUGUCCACAUUUCCAAGAUGGCGGCCUCCACUGGGAUGGUGAGGUCAAUGGUUGGUACACUUCUACUGCUAGUUGUUCUUCAAGCUUUGCAUGUCACUGCCAUCAAGUCAAAGCCAAUCACAACGUCUCUGCAAGCUAAGUGGCCGGCCACACCGCUGGUGUUGGAGGCUAGUGAGUUCCUGGCGGACAAGGGAGAGGAAAGCUUCUGGAGUUUUGUGGACUCACUGUCUGGACUUAAAGAUGGGGAUAUCGGAGAGACGGACGAGAGUAUGUAUGCCUUUGUGCUGAAGUUCGCCGGACGUCUCCUGACCGAUACGGAGAUGGAUCUACUCAAGCUCACGCUGUCUAUUCACUCCCACUCGCCUCGAAUAGAAAUGUUUAACCAGAUUGCGAAAGACCUGCCUCCUCCCACUGGCUGUAACACCUUUGUGGACAUACAUGGACAGGUUACAUGCUCACUGAAAGAUAUGGCAGAAUUAAUAGAUUCUGCAACAGAAAGGCCUAAGCCAAACAUAUACGCAGUCGAUCACCAGUAUCCCAGAUCCAAGAACAACUCAGUGACAGUCGUUCUGUACGGUCACGUAGGCAACCUGAAAUCACAGAUGAAACAUUUCCACCAACGGCUAAAAGAAUUGGCUGAUAGGGGCGCUGUACAGUACGUCUUGAGACAUUUUGUAAAGGAAAAAUCUGAUCAACAGAUCCGGUUAUCAGGCUAUGGUGUAGAGCUUGCCAUCAAGAGUACAGAGUACAAGGCGGUGGAUGACACAGAGGUCAAAGAAGGAGACAGCCAAUCACAAGACGAGGAGGACAACGCGCCGGACGAGGUCCAAGGCUUCGUCUUUUCAAAGCUCAAAGAGCUCCAUCCAGAUUUAGUGGAUAACCUCAACAGUUUCCGCUCCUCACUCCUCGAAAACACCAGGAAGAUGGUUCCUCUUAAGGCUUGGCAACUACAAACCAUUGCCUUCCAAGCUGCUCAGCGAGUGUUGUCAUCGCCGACCAAAGACGCCCUGCGAGUUCUCAGGGAGAUCAGUCAGAAUUUCCCGCUCUUAGCGAGCUCCUUGGUCAAGACGCAGGUCAAGGAUGAAGUCAAGAAGGAAAUUACUGAAAACCAAAAGGUGUUUGAAGCAACAUACGGCAUUGGUGGGGGAGAAACAGUCAUGAUGCUGAAUGGCCUAGUCAUCGAUACUGACGUUGCUGAACCGUUCCUGUUGCUGGAGCUGCUGCGCUCUGAGAGUCAGAUCCUCGGUGGUCUCCAUUCUCUAGGAGCUAGCGGCGAGGCUGCCAGUCAGCUCAUGAGGGUACAGGUAGCUUCCAAGGAUAGCACCUACGCUGUGGACAUCAGAGAUAACAGCGUAGUGUACUUGAAUGACAUAGAGAAGGACGAUCGCUACGCUCACUGGCCCAGCGGCAUUCAGGAAUUCCUGCGACCGAUGUUCCCUGGGAUGCUACGACAGAUUAAGAAAAACGUCUUCCAUCUGAUCUUCCUGUUAGACCCCACCCAGCCCCAAUCACUUCAGCUCCUGCAGCAAGCUGAGAUGUUUGUCCUGAACGAGGUCCCAAUCACGGUGGGCGUGGUGUUUGUCGUUAACAACGAGGACGUGGUUGACGGGCGGGACGAUGCGGGCGUGGCCAUGAUGAGGGCGUUCAACUUUGCCAUGAUCGAUGGCGGAUUGGGCCAGGCGUUGGAUUUACUCAUCAAGAUUCUGACUGCAGCUGAGGACAAGGUUGUAACCCCGGAGGAUGUGUUCCAAACCUUCAACAAGAUGUUCCCUGGGGAAGAGGUUGAUGAUAUUUUUGGGUCAGGCACUGAGUAUGAUGAUCGCAGACAGGAUGGCAAGACUUACUUUGAAAAGACCGGCCUGGGUUCACUACCUCAGGUCAUGAUGAAUGGUGUUCCCUUUACUCCGAAGCAGCUACAGCCUGACGAGUUUGAAGAAAGUGUGGUUACAGCUAUUCUAGUGGCCACUCCUGACCUACAGAGGGCAGUAUAUAGGGGCAAGAUUAAUGAUCGUACGGACCUGUUGGACUAUCUGAUGUCACAACCCAACGUGAUGCCGCGCCUCAAUCCUAGAAUCCUGGCAGACGAUACCAGACUGCUUGACCUGACGGCACAACCAGGUGAUUUGCCCUCUCUGAGUCUGUCUGUGUUCCAAGGCCUGAGUACAGAUGACAAGAAGGCAGCUAUUGCUAACACCAUGAAAUACCUCACCAAGAAAGAUGAUACAAGCCUACGUCCGGUAAGCAUGUGGGUCGUGUGCGACUUGGAAACAACCGAGGGCAGGCUUCUGCUUAGCAACGCUCUCAAGUACAUGAAAACAUCCAAUACUAUUCGUAUUGGGGUCAUCUCCAACAUGGAUGGUUCAAGCAACGGCCAGCAGUGGUUAGCUAGGGCCGUCCAUGCAGCACAGCAGACGCAGACCAGGAAUCACGCCAAGAACUUCAUCAAUAAGCUGAUCAGAGAGGAGAACUACAAGGGCAUUGAGCGAGGAGAUACCAAGGUGGAAGAUUAUGAAGUCCAUGGCAUGGAUUUGGGUGCUUUCAAGAAGUCUUACGAGGAGACUGAGUUUCUCAAGGUCCACAGGUUGUUCAGUGAUAAAGUUCUUCAUCUUGUGCCUGGCCAGAGAGCUGUGAUUGCUAAUGGAAGGGUCUUUGGUCCACUAUCAGAAGAUGAAGCGUUCACAGAAGACGACUUUUCUCUGGCUGAAAAAUUGAUAUUGCAGACAUCGGCAGCCAACGUCAAGAAAAAGUUGGACAAGCUUGCCUCCCACUUUGCCAGCACCGGUGAUUCCUUGAGCGACCUGGCGCUGAAGGUCGAUGCCUUGCUAGCCUCCAACUCCAGGCAGGAAGGUCGCAAAGAGGUCAGCUUCUGGAAGGACAAACACAGCGUGAUAGACAUCGCUCCCCGUGACCCGUCCAAGCCGUCCUUUGACAUCGUAGCGAUUCUAGACCCGCUCAGCUCCCAGGCUCAGAAGUGGAGUCACAUCCUGGGAGUCUUGACAGACGUCAUCAACGUCAGGAUCAAGGUCUUCAUGAAUCCUAAGGACAAGCUGUCUGAGAUGCCACUCAAAAGAUUUUAUCGUUAUGUUUUGGAACCGGAGUUAACUUUCAGGGUAGAUAGCAGUUUGACGGCAGGACCCUAUGCCAAGUUCAGUGACAUGCCCCCUGACACCCUGCUGACCCUUAACCUUUUGACCCCAGAGAGCUGGAUGGUAGAACCGGUCCGGACCGCCCAUGACCUGGAUAACAUCAAACUCAGUGAGUCGGAGUCUGGUAUCCACGGUCAGUAUGAGUUGGAGUACCUCCUAGUUGAGGGUCACUGCUUUGAUCAAGCCAGCGGUCAACCACCCAGAGGUUUACAGUUCACGCUGGGAAACAAGCAGGAUCCGGUUACCCAAGAUACCAUCGUCAUGGCCAACCUGGGAUAUUUUCAGUUGAAGGCCAACCCAGGGGCCUGGCUUCUGAAUCUAAGGCACGGCAGAUCAGCGGAUAUCUACCAAGUCACUGGUCAUGAAGGCACGGACUCACUUCCUGGUGUAGAUGACACAAUCAUUACAAUGGACAGCUUCAAAAGCAAGAUCAUCAAAAUUAAGGUGACCAAGAAGCCGGGCAAAGAAGAUGAGAGUUUAUUGGCCGACUCCCAGAACGACAAAAGGGUCGCAGGUGGAAUCUGGGACUCUUUAUCUAGUAUGUUGUCCAGUCUGACAGGGUCUGGUGGCAAAGAUGGCGACAAUGGUCAAGACGAGACGGUGAACAUCUUCUCCAUUGCGUCGGGUCAUCUCUACGAACGGUUCCUCAGGAUCAUGAUGUUGAGUGUCCUGAAACAUACCAAGUCGCCUGUGAAGUUCUGGUUUCUGAAGAACUAUCUGUCUCCCACCUUUAAGGAGUUUAUACCCCACAUGGCAGCAGAGUAUGGCUUUGAGUACGAGUUGGUGCAGUAUAAAUGGCCACGAUGGCUCCAUCAACAGACUGAGAAACAACGACUCAUCUGGGGUUACAAGAUCCUAUUCUUGGAUGUCCUCUUUCCUCUGGAUGUGAAGAAGAUCAUCUUCGUCGACGCUGAUCAGAUCGUCCGGGCGGACCUGCAGGAACUGGCCAGUCUGGACCUCCAGGGGGCGCCCUACGGCUACACACCAUUCUGCUCCAGUCGCACCGAGAUGGACGGAUUCAGGUUCUGGAAUUCCGGAUACUGGAAGAGCCAUCUGGCAGGCCGCAGAUAUCACAUCAGUGCGUUGUACGUCGUCGAUUUGGUGAAGUUCCGCAAGAUAGCUGCAGGGGACCGGUUGAGAGGACAGUACCAGGCACUGAGUCAAGAUCCGAAUAGUUUAUCCAAUCUGGAUCAAGAUCUUCCCAACAACAUGAUCCACCAGGUGGCCAUCUACUCCUUGCCUCAGGAAUGGCUGUGGUGUGAGACGUGGUGCAGUGAUGCUCAAAAGCCAGCCGCUAAGACGAUAGACUUGUGUAACAACCCUCUCACCAAAGAGCCCAAACUUGUGAGUGCCGUACGCAUCGUGCCCGAGUGGACAGGUUAUGACAACGAGAUCAAGUCGCUCCAGGAACGAGUGGCUCAGGGGUUAACAACAAACGACAGUUUACCGACGGAUGAGAAGACCCAGACUACAAUAGAUAGGCCUUCAGAUGAUCAUUCUGAGUUAUGAUGAAGGCUUUUGUGAACCACACACUGUAAAGUAGUAUUUUCCAAAUCGAUCAAAAGUGCUCGCACGCGAUACUUCAAGGCUGCGUCUGAUGCUCCUGUUUGGAGCUGUUGACUAGGUCUAGUCAAUAAAUGACAACAUGGAGUCAUGCUGACAGUGAACGUGCAAGUUGACCUCAAAAACCUGCCAGAUUUUACAAGAAUACAGCGCAUCCGGCACCAUGUAUAGGAUCUACAGCCUGUGUAACGUCCUAUUUAUUGCAUUUAUUUUGUGCCCUGACUGGGCCCAUCCAAUCAAGGGGAAUAAAUUGGUAUUUCGAGAGAAAAGCAAGCAUUUCAAUUUGCAACGUAUUGAAAAUAUUGUGAAUUGAUAACUAUUAUAAAAUUAAAAUUGUUGAUCUCAAAUUCAGUUCAAUA